GGGCCGGGCCGGGGGCGGUGCUGGCAGCCGGGCCGGGCUGUGCCGAGCCGAGCCGAGCCGAGCCGAGCCGAGCAGUGCCGCGGGCACAGCAGCAUGUCGCCGCUCCGCGUCUGCAUCGUGGGCUCAGGGAACUGGGGAUCAGCCAUAGCAAGAAUCAUUGGCAAAAAUGUCCAGAAGUCCAACAGAUUUGAUCCCACUGUCAAGAUGUGGGUAUUUGAAGAGAUUAUCAAUGGAAGAAAACUCUCAGAAAUAAUCAACCAGGAACAUGAAAAUGUUAAGUAUCUUCCUGGAUACAAGAUACCUAAAAAUGUGGUGGCUGUACCAGACGUGGCUGAAGCAGCAAAUGGGGCAGACAUCUUAGUAUUUGUUCUACCACAUCAAUUCAUCGGACGAAUCUGUGAACAGAUUGCAGACCAGAUAAAACCUGGAACAUUUGGGAUUUCACUGAUCAAGGGGAUUGAUGAGGGUCCUGAAGGCCUGAAGCUCAUAUCUGACCUCAUUCGAGAGAAACUGAAAAUAGAAAUCAGCGUGCUUAUGGGGGCUAACAUAGCCAAAGAAGUGGCUGAUGAAAAGUUCUGUGAAACCACCAUUGGGUGCAAAAAUGAAAACCAAGGGCAGAUCUUUAAAGAAUUAAUGCAGACCCCCAAUUUCAGGAUUACCGUGGUGCCUGAUGUUGAUACAGUGGAGAUCUGUGGAGCCUUAAAAAACAUUGUAGCAGUAGGAGCUGGGUUCUGCGACGGACUGAAUUUUGGUGAUAACACAAAGGCAGCAGUUAUACGUUUAGGCCUUAUGGAAAUGGUGGCCUUUGCCAAGAUGUUCUGCAGGGGACCGGUAUCGAUAGCCACUUUUCUGGAAAGCUGUGGAGUUGCUGACCUAAUCACUACCUGCUAUGGAGGACGCAACAGAAAAGUAGCAGAAGCCUUUGCACGCACAGGAAAAUCCAUAGAGCAAUUGGAGAAUGAGAUGCUGAAUGGACAAAAACUACAAGGUCCUCAGACUUCGGCUGAAGUCUACAAGAUUCUGAAACAGAGAAGUCUGCUCGAUAAGUUUCCAUUAUUUACAACCAUCUACAAGAUUUGCUACGAGGGUAGAUCGAUCCAGGAUUUCAUCUCAUGUCUGCAAAACCACCCAGAACACAUUUAGAAGUUUGCUCUCCUCAUCUGGUUGUGCUCUCAUGUUUUCAGGACUUCUAUCCACUCCACAGCAAAUAAAGCAGACAAACAGGUUGUGUGGCAAUGCUUGCUGUAAAAGCAACGCAGAAUGUAUUUCAGUAUCCUCUUUCUGGGGGUGAAAAUCUGCCUUUCAGCAUUAUAUCCGAGAACAGGAAUCGAAUGUAAAAACAUAACAGACUUUGAUUUGAGUUAGCAAUUUAAGCAUUUGCCUACAGUUACUUUCAUGUUGAUUUCAAACAGUGCCCAUUGUAAUUUUCAAAACAGGAGUUAAUUAAUGCACGUGAACCUCAGCAUUGUGCCUACUAAUGCUAGUUACAGAACAGCACAAGAUGCCGAAAAGUUGAAGAUCAAAAGAAUUACAGAUAAAAAAGUUCUUACAGCAGUAAGAUGCAGUCACAUAGGCAAAUAUGGGUUUUUGUAAUUCCCCCUCAAACACAAAUAGUAUAAAGUUUUGUAUUUUGUGACAUUUAGUCCGUGAUUUUGUUUCAAAGUGUAAGCCACUUUGGAAAAAUAGGUAUUGUUACUGUGCUCAGACAUACGUGAAUGUUUAGCAGAUGUAUAAAUAAAGCAGUUUAAGGGGUUGUGGUGGGAAAGGAAAGAAGGGCUUUUUUAAAUUAUUAUUAUUCAGGACACUAGGAAUUUUCAGUAGUGAUCUGACUUUCAUUGUACUUACUGUAUUCUGUUGAAAUACAGGGAAAAAAAAUGGAAUAACCAAAUACAUUUAUUUGAGCAUCAGGAUUUCUGAGCAAGCAUUAUCCACUAGUAUUUAUACUAGCUGAGGGGAAAACUGAAGAAGAGAUUGACAACUAGAAUGCAGGCACAGCUCAGCUUGCAUUCUUGUAUGACACUUAUCUUGAGGAUGUAAGAAGCAGCAAACACCCUCUGCGUUACUUGACUUUUUAUACACACAUGAAAAUGACCGCUACAGAUGCACAGAAUUCCUAUAAAAUUGUACUUGAAACUUGGCUGCAUUUCAACGCUACCAGGAAACUCCACUGGACUGACACCAGUGCAACUCCAAGCAUCUUUCCACAGACUGCAACCAACAGACUAAUUCCCUGAUCCUGCUGUCGCUUAAGCAAUUUAUCUCACACACUGCACUCCUGAAGGGAGAUACCUCUAUGUCUGAAUUUUACACACAAACUGGUUCCUAUACCAGUUUAAUUUUGCUACCAAUGGCAUUAAUUUUAGAAACAUAAAAGUUUUUAAGCCGUCUAACUAUAUUGGGUAAUUUUACAUACCUGAUGUUUUUCAGAGUUAAAGCCAUCUAUGAAAUAAACAGUGUCACAUUUUCUAAGCUUGAAUAUCCUGUUGAAAAUACUCAUAUUUAGAGAGAAGGCAAGCAAACAGGAAGAGUAAGCUACUUCUGUUUUAUCUGAUUUUCCAAAGCAGCGUGUUUUUUUUUUUAAUCUCUCUGUAUUCACUGACAUAUUUUAGAAAAAAACACCACCCACAUUACAAAAUCCUCUCCUCUACAUGUUAAGAGGAAUGUUGUUGUCUUUCACAUUUAUCAGUUAUAUAUAUGUAUAAAAAUAUUACUUAUAAAAAUAAAUAAUUUUUAAAAUCUCAGUCUUAAAGCUAGCAAAGCUAGCUAUGGUACCAGAAACAGUGGCUGUAGCAUCCCUGAUCUCUGAAGAGCAGCAAAGGUAGGCCAUGUGAAGGCUCAGCUGGAGGAAAGGAACUGCCUGUUCGUGGCUAACAGCUCAGGGCUCUGCAGGGCGAUGGAAACAUUCCUUCAGCUGAAAUGGGAAUCACAUGGCCAAAUCCUUUAUACAGAAUUAGGGGAAAAAAAGAAAACAAAAGUCAUGACCUUUCAUUUCAAGUAAGAAAGCCAAAUACGUAAUUCUUAAAUAUCAAAUAUAUCAGGAUGGGAUAGAGAAUUCAGAAACCUCCUUGCUUCACAGGCAGUCUGAAAUUCUCAUAAGUGAUUUAUGAGCUAGUAGUAAUACAGAACAUUUUACAUUAAAGGUAUCAACAGUUUAAUAAAGUGGUCAAUAAAUGCAGGCUUGAUGUAAUUUCAUUUUCAAAAUUCUCACAAAAUAAAUUACUGUUCUAC